AUGACAACAACCUACUCGACAACCAUGGAUCUCUCACAACCUGUUGACGAGGCCUUCACAAAAGCUCUGCCGAAAAUCGAAUUACACGCUCAUCUAAGCGGUAGCAUUAGUCGCCAAUGUCUCCAUGAAUUAUGGGAGAAGAAAAAGUCCCAAGACCCCAACUUCCCCAUUGAGGAUCCGUGGGUUCUCAUGCCGCCAGGGAAAGUAGAUUAUACGCUUGAGACCUUUUUUCAAACCUUCUCCAAAUCAAUCUAUCACCUCUGCAACGAUCUGGAGAGCUUGUCAUAUGCCACAAACUCAGUCCUUAGUAACUUCUACGAGGAUGGUGUCCGUUAUUUAGAACUCCGUUCCAUCCCCCGCGCAUUUUCAGGCUCGGACGUCUCGAAAGAAGGAUAUGUCACGGCUGUGCUUGAUAGCAUUGAUUCCUUCAAAGCGAGAACAAACAACGAUAUGCCCGUUUACUUAAUCCUAGCUAUUGAUAGGAAAGAUACCGCUGCUCAGGCUUUAGACACUGUCAACCUAGCCAUCAAGUAUCGGCCGCGCGGGGUCGUGGGCAUUGACAUCUGCGGGAAUCCAAACAAAGGAGACGUCUCAAUCUACCGUGGCGCUUUCACCAAGGCCAAGGCGAAUGGUCUCCGUAUCACGGUACAUUUUGCAGAGACUCCGUUCUCCGGGUCGCCUGCUGAACUGGAGACGCUUCUUUCCUACCAGCCUGAUAGGCUGGGCCAUGUUAUUCAUGUGCCGGAUGAUAUUAAGCAAGAGAUUGCCCGGCGUCAAUUGGGGUUGGAGCUGUGCCUUUCUUGCAAUGUUCAUGCUAAGAUGAUAAAUGGUGGAUUCCUAGAUCAUCAUUUUGGGUACUGGAGACACGUCGAUUGUCCGGUGAUCCUAUGUACUGAUGAUAUGGGCUUUUUCUGCAGCCCAGUCUCAAACGAAUAUCUUCUAGCCGCACAUCACUUCAACCUCAGCCGUGCUGACGUUCUCGCUCUUUGCAGGAAGUCUUUUCGUGCUAUUUUCGGGGGACCUGAGGAGAAAGACCGACUUUACACGCUAUUGGAUAAUUUUGAAGCCGGCUCACAAUGA